CAGAGAAGAGACCAUCAUCCAGGUUCCUUCUCCAUUAACCCUCUUUCCCCAAGAAUUGGUUGCAUGGGUCAGGUGAAGAGGGACAACAAAAUAGCACAACUUCCAACCUCACAACAACAUAGACUCAGCCUCACCACCACCAAAAGCAACACCACCUCCAUCUCUAUCUCCCCUAUUGUCAAGUAUUCUAAGCUCAAAAAGCUCUUCUCUGCCAAAAACUUAACCACCACCACAACUGCUCCUCCCUCCAGUUGUGGAAGGACGCAACGAGUGACCAAGGUUUUAAAUUGCGGUCGUGGUAGUGGUUGUGCUUCCAGCUGCGUUGUGGAAUUGCAGACAAAUACUAAUGGAUAUGGCCGCAAUUGCUGUCGUGAUGCCGGUGCGAGACUCCCACACUCUUCGCGUUCCGGACCGCAAUUUAAAUCCCUGCAGGUGACAACAGUAAGUGGUGCAGAUAUGUCCAGGAACAGAAACCAGAGGCGUGGUUGGAUUAGUAAUGAGAAUGUUAUUCCCAUAAGCAUUGAAAACAUGGAUCCUCCUCUCCCUGUGAUCAAGGGAGUGAGAAAGUCAGAUGAAGGAAAUAGUUUUUGGAAAAGGAGGUCAGGUGGGGUUGCAUUGAAAAGUUUAAAGCUUCCACAGAUUCACCAUCCAAGACAUCAUCUUCAGCUUACAAGUGUUUGA